GUGUCUUCAGUGUGGAUUAUUGUACUGACUCGUGUUGAGCUGCGUGCCUAUUUUCUCGCCAGAUAUUUUUCUUUUGGAUUUGUUGCUAGUGAGAGGAUAUUUUCAAUUACACAAUGUACUCUGUACAUCAUGUUCAUUGACUCCCAGUGAUAUUCAAUAAUAUAAGUGCCUGGAAAUUUGUUUGAGCUAUUAAUAGACCUUACAAUUCUAAUAUUACAACUCUAAUUGAGUUCAUUAAACAAUUACGAAGGAAGAGCUAUGCUUAAAAUAAAGUGAAAAAAUGAAAGAAAUAGCAAAAGGCUCGGGUCAGAUAACCGGGAUGUCUGACCCCAAGCAUGAUCGUGAUAGUGACAGGGACUCCCUUACUGGUUGGACUUUAGUUGACCGUGAAGGGACACCGGAGGACAACACUGGUGACUCUCCACAACCAGAAGAGGAGGAAGGAGCUGUUGGCGGCCAACAAAUGUGCCAGAUGAUGGAGCUUGAAGGCGAAAUGAGGAAGCCAGAUGAUGAAUCUGGGUGUGGAAUGGAAGAAGAUGAAGCUGCAGAGGAGGAGGAAGAACCAUUGCCCGAUGAUUUGUUGUCUAUGGGCCAAAGGGUGCAAGAGAUCAAGGGUGAGUCGAUCAAGGCAUCCUCCGGCUCGGACUCCAGUGACAUUGAAACUCUCGAGUGCCCAGGUCCUGAUGACUUUUAUGAGGACCAUGCCCUGGCGUACGACUCCCUGCAUUCCUCCCUCCUCUCUUCCUCCAUGCGCAGUUUUCUCUUUGUGAGCGAAGAAGGUGGUGAUGCCGACCUGGAGAGUCUAGCCAGCACAGACGUUUCUGUUUUGGAGGGUGAGGAAAAGAAAGCAGUAGAUGAAGAAACAGACUUGUCUCUGGCAUCAUCCCCUUCACUUCCAGAGGAUCUUCCAGCAAUAAAACCUGACACUCAGUAUAGGCACACUCCAGCAGAAGAUCUCAACACCCGCCUUAAUGUAGUUGUCGCCCUCACUCUGGCAUGUGUUCUUGGUUUAGGCUUAGGACAUUUUCUAGGCCUAUUGGAUCUUUCUGUUGGUGAAGAAGAUACAGGUUGGUCCAGUCGUACUGUUUGGCAAGAAUCUAUGAACUCGGCGCAGGUACGUAAGCUCCGGCAGCUGCAGGAUGACCUGGUGUCUUGCAUGAACAACCCCCUUCAGGACCCUCCUCUGCAUACUCCUUCUCCUGACCUUAAUGAGCCAGACCUUAUUUUUAAAGCUCCACCUUCUCCUGAAAUCAUCUCUCCAAUCCCAAGAAAAGGAGUAGAUAGUUCUCUAACCAGUGAUAGAGAUGAUGAUUGUGUGUUGCUUACUGACUCCUUUGUAGAAUCCCUUAUAACCCCAUUAGAAGAUGCUGGUGUUGUGCUUAACCCUGGAAAGAGAAAAAUGGACAUGCCAGAAUUUCCUUUCAUAAAUGAUGACCUAGCAGAGACAGAUCCAACUUUUACAACACCAAGUUUGAUGAAUGAAAAAGUUAAUUUUAUUUCUGAAGUAGAUGUAAAUGCAUUAAAGAACAUUCCAAAUUCCUGCUCAAAUUGUUAUGACAACAACAAACCUUUUAUUGAAGAAGGAAGCAUUUUAGACCACAACACUCAUCAGCUGGAAUUAGAGGAGGUAGUAAGAAUAUCUCCGUGUUCACCGUCACUGGAAAAUCGAGAAUCUGAUUUGAUUGUGGAAAAUGUAAAGGAACCUUUAGAACAAGUAAAGAAUAAGUAUCAGUACAUCCCAUCUUCAGAUUAUACCCAGCAUCCCCAGGAGAGUUUGAAUGUUCCUGUGGAUGUUUCAUCACCCUUGUUCUCCUGGGAAACGCCCUCUCAACUGGAAGAAGAUUUGUCGGCUGAAAUCCCCGCUUCUCUAGGAUUAGAAUCCCAACAGAUUGUAGACAAUUUGAAUUUGGAGAAUGCAAACUUGGAGAAUGAGAUGUUACGACUACAGCAGCAGAAUUUAGCCCCUAUAAAAAUUCGUGGCAAAGAUGGUAAACAGGCACGGGUGCUCAGGGAACGAAUUAGUCAGCUCAUUGUUGACAACGAAGAAUUACGACUUGCCAUUGGCAAGAUGCAGUUUGCAAGUGUUCCUGAAGGAGACAUGUUAGCAUUUAAUACUGCCAUUGAGAAUAAUUUUAAUCUUAGGCUUGCUGUUGGAAAGCUCAGCCAUCUGGUACCCAGUCUGCAAGAGCUCAAAGUGUCUGUAAAUGAGCUUCAGUCUGAAAACCAGGAACUACAGUUGCAAGUGGGCAAACUUCGAUAUCAACAGCAACCACUCCCGCAGGAAUUGAAUGCUGUUGCAAGAGAAGUUGAAAAUUUACAAAAAACUGUCUUAGAAGCAUCUAUGAAGAAAAAAGCACCAUCCAGUCUUCCAAAUGCCAAAUCAUACCUUUCUUAUAUGACUGAGGUUUUGUCAGCAAUCAAUACUUGGCAUGAGUUUACUGAGGGAAGUAUUCCUGAGAAGAUAGAAUUAGCAACUGAUGUCUUCACAGAUCUUGUUCCAGGCAAUGUCAAACUUGGAGAAGCUACCCAGCAAAAGCUUGAUGUUGCAAGAGCCAAAUUUUCUCAGAUCAAAGAAUCUUUGUCAGCUAAAUGGAACCAGGUAAAAGAGUUGCGCCAUCCAGGAAGCAUUGCUGCCGUUGGACAAAAUACUCUUUCCAAAAUGAAUAGAGUUCUCGUCAAUGUUGUAAAUAAAAUGAAAGAAAUAGGCUAUAAUAAUAUAAUGAAGAAGGGCAAGGCAACUGUGGACAAAACCAUCAGCACACUAGCAGAAAGAUUCUCAGUUCUUAACAACCAGUUUGAUAAGACAUGGAAGGAUUUAGAGGCUCAGGUUGAUGAAGAAUCUGCAGAAAGUUUGACUCUGGUAGCUGGAGGUGAAGAUGAUGCUGAACUUCCUGUUGCAGAAGUUCUUGUUGCGGAUUUAGCAGAUGAAGAAGCCCUAGAAGUGGAGGAAGAAGAGGAUGUAGCAGUGGUGGAAGAGAUCGAAGAUGAAAAGGCAUCUGAAGAAGAAGUACUUGUUGCAGACAAGAUUUUAACUGUAGCAAAAUCUUCAAUGUCUGGCAAAGGAGAUGGUGAUGAUGGUGAAGAAAAGAAAAGAAUUCCUGAAGAUAAAAAAGUUAAAGAGGCUCGUAAAAAUAAACGUGAUGAAGGGAAAAAAGAGGGUAAGAAAGAACGAUCCAGGAGAAUGAGAAUCAGUGAUGAGGAAGAGAAGAAAAAUAAAAAAGAAGCUGAAAGGAAGGAAAGAGAAAUGAAGGAGCGUGAGGAAAAAGAAAAACGAGAGAGGGAGGAAAGAGAACAGAAAGAGAGAGAUCAAGAAAGAAGAAACCGUGAGCAUUCUAAAGGUUUUGAAAGAAAGGAUGGAAGAGACAGGAGAAUGCAAGAGAGUGAAGAGGGUCAUAGAUACUAUAAGGGUCAGUAUAAUAAAUAUGAUAAAAGAUACAGAGAUGAUGAUGAUGACGACGAUGAUGAUGACGAUGAUGACGACGACGAUGAUGAUGAUGAUGAUGAUAGAAGAUACAGAAGACGACACUACAGGAGAAAACGAGAUGACGAUGAUGACGACGAUGAUGAUGAUGAUGACGAUGAUGACGAUGAUGAUGAUGACAGACGUCGAAGAAGAAAAUACCGUAAACAUGGCGGCGGUGAUGAUGUUCACAAGCGGAAGGGAAUAAUGCGUCACUGGGAACAGCCAUCAAAGAAGAAUUAUCAUAAGGACUUUUCAGGCCCAAAGAAAGCAUUCAUUCGUCGAAGGGGUAAGAAUCACACAAAGUAUCCUUAUAGUGACUGGUCACAAAAAAGAGCAGUAGGUCGGGAAAAAAGCCGUGAGAACCAGCACAAAGCAGACUGGGUAUUUGAGCGGGCUAGUGAUAGGACAACUUUGAGAGAAUCUGAACAUAAAGCUGAUUGGCAAUUUGAUCGUGCUAGGGCACGCAAAGACAGCAGAUAUUCUUGGGAAGGACAAACACAAACUUACAGGGACCAUGAUAAAUAUGGUCAUAAUAGAUAUGAAAGGCAGGAAACACGUAGACGCUAUGUAAGGUUUGAUGAUGAUGACGACGACGACGAUGAUGAUGACGAUUAUAAUUUUAAUCGUUACCGUGCAAGGCGUAGGGGAGAUUACUAUGGCUAUCGUAAGAGAGACAAAGGGCACAGGGAAUGGGUUAUUCCUAAUGUAGAAGCAACUGGUGGAAGAGCAUUUUAUCGUUAGCCAUCGAGAAGUCUAGUUUUAUGGGUAUGAUAUCCUGUAAAUGGUUUUAGGAUUGCACAGUAAAUUGGAUCAGGUUUCCUGAGAAAACCUAAGUAAAUAAGUUAUUAGUGAUAGUAGUUGUUUGGUACAGUUCUGUGCUUGUCUUACUGGCCAUAGCUUGUCCAUUUCAUUUAAAUAUCCAGGUUUUUAAUGGAAGAAUAAUCACAAUAUAAAAAAAGUAGUGUUGCUCUUUGUAGAAUUUGACAUGACAAGUCAGCAGCCAUCUGAACACUGAUAUUUUAUCAAAUUCGGACUGAUGUACCCUUGAAUGAUUGAGAGUUGCAUACAAAAAUUUAACAUUCAUAAUCUGUUAGAAAGGUGAGAUAGCAGUAAAUUUUAUAUGUACUGUAAUUUUGUUGAAUGUUAAUUGAAAAUUAACCACUUUCUGGUAACCCCUUGAGGUAAAUGAGCUUUUGCAAUAACAAAUUUCAUUGACAUCAUCAGCUGUGUAAGGAUUGAGUUUUAUUGAGACAUGUUUGGUUAAGGAAACAGUCUCUUGCUGUUGUGUCCUUUAAGAUAUUCAGAACAGUAUUGUACCUUUUAAAGUGGCUGUGUAUUUUGGUAUAUAGCCUGUUUACAGUAUGUUUUAGAAUGAAUGUACUAUGUAGCUACUUGAAGAUAAAUAUAUAUUUCUUAAUAUCUCCAGUUUAAUCCAAGGUUGAACAAUGACCAGGAACUGGCAGAUUGAAGUUCCAAAUGUUUUUCUUUUCUAUUGUAACUGAAAUAUCUUGACAACUGCCAUUCCAUGUGCUUUAAGUAUCUUACUAGGUGAUAAAGGGUGAAAACUUUCUUUUUUUCAAAGUUUUGAUUGGAGAAAUGAAGGAAAAGUGAUAGUUUCUUUAUAGACACACUUAGAACUAGCUUAUCUAUAAAAUUGUUUCCUAUUUUUUCUCUGCCUUUUUAAAAUGGCUUUUUUAAAAUUUUCCCUGUUUUUUUUCUAAAAUGUUUUAUUUUCAUUCCAGAUGACUAAGCCCUGAUGUCAUUUGAUUAUAGAUUGUAAUCAGUUUUGGAUGAAAAGAUUUCCGCUCAAAGGUGCGUUGAGUUGAGCAACAUGUAAAGUACUUUUUGGAUUUGAAGCUCAGCUUGAUAUUGAUAUCUUUAGAUAUACAUUAUAUUAACCCCAAGGGAUUGUUAGGUGUAGUCUCCAAAGCUGUCAUAGAAAAUAUGAUGCUAGUCGUAGUAUUAAUCCUAGUGUGGUUGGAUGACUUUUGAUUUAGAGUAGUAGUUACAUUGUAUUUCUUAUGAUUAUCAUGACUACCUAGGAAUGAACAUUUUCUUCUCUGUCAAAUAAUUUUGCGUUAGGUUUUUCUUACAUUUAAUAAUGUAGUGAUGGUAAUGGUUACUGUUUAGAUUUUUAAGGCACAUAUUUAGAGAGAAUCAACCACUGAAGGGGUACAGUAGACUUUGAAUAAGUGACUUUCAAAAUCUUGGGUUCAUUCAUAAGUAACCAUGAAUCAUAUGAAGAAACCUGAAGUAGGAUAUUAUGAGCAUGGAAGUAAAUUCCUUUGAAUCUUUAAUAAUACUGCUGCUACUACUGCUUUAUUGUUGAUUUACGUAGAUGACACAACAUCCUGUGUUUUAUUUCGUUUCUUAUUUAGGGUGUGUCUGUUCGUGUGUUCCAUUGUUUGUCAGAAGAACUGGAGAUUCUCUCUCUCUCUCUCUCUCUCUCUCUCUCUCUCUCUCUCUCUCUCUCUCUCU